UGAAAGUUAGUGGACUGAGACGCAUCAGCCAGACCCGCAGUUACGGAGCAUGAAUUAUUCUUCUCUGUGGGUUAUUUGGACCGUGAAGUGAUACGUUGUUUCAUCAGGCUUUAAAGUGAAGCAUAAAAAGGUAACACUUAUCGAUGGUCCUCAUAAGCUGCAGCAUUAAUCAAGAUGCCAACUACUGAAUUCCUGUGCAGUAUCAACUUAUUCGACUAAUUAAGUUUCGGCCAAGUAACAAAGUUGAGUUUCGCAUCAAAAAAUAAUUCCAGUCAAAACUACUGAAUAAUAUAACAAAGUUGAGUUAUACAUAAACACACUUGAACAUAAUUAUGGGCUGAAGUGAAAGUUUUUCUUGUCGUUGUGGGCGUCGUGAAAUUUUCUCGAAACUUAAUACUCUCCGCGUGGACGACAAACACGAUGGCAAUUUAUUAUUAUGUCCGGAAAAUUCAAAAAAGCUCCAAGAAGAACAGGACAAUUCAUCGCGACCCCAUCGCACUAAAUUCCAACGGUUCGAUCCCGUCCGUGGGAAGCAUCUGCACCCCGGUGAAAGCGAGCAACAAAGUGAGCGAGGUGGUGAUUGGUUCCGUGACUGGACCUGGUUUGGGGGCACCUUCGACCUCGUCCGUCAUGGGAGGAUCGUCCGCGUCCCCCUCCAUCAGUUCAGCCCAACUACAGCAAAACCCCAAUUUGUGUCAUGUCAUGGGCGGUUUUGGGAGUAAAGGUGGAAAUAGUGUUGGUGGUGGUGGUGGUGUGAUAGUGACGGUGACAAAAAACUGCCCAAGUAUCAGUUCCAAAAGUUCGAAUCCUUCCCCCAGUAUUCUCCAGCAUGCUCAGGUGUAUCCUACCAAUGACGCAGGCACGAGCGGCGUAGAAAGAGGGAUAAAUCCACACAAGAACUCUUCACACCUCGGGAAAGCAGUUAAUCAUCACGUGCUGUCGGGUAACCUUGUUUUCGACGAAGGACAUCUCCUUUCAGGGACGUUGGAGGGUUUGGUGGAUUAUUUGGUGCCAUCAGAAGACCACUUUCCCGACAAAUCGUUCGUUUUCGCUUUCAUUCUCUGCUCCAGAAUCUUCAUCCGUCCACAUCAACUCCUCGCCACUGUGCUCCAUCGUGCCUUUCUGAACAAGAAUGAUGAAGACUCGACUCGAAUUGUUCCAAAUUUAGUCCGCAUUUUGGGUGAAUGGACUCAAAUAUUUCCGUACGAUUUUCGUGACGACAACGGCCUGAUGAUGGCCAACGUUCGAGCAAUCACGCACAAAUGUGUUCAUAUCUGUCCAUCGAUGAAAACGGAAGUGUCCAUCCUUCUCACUUCGCUCCUCGACAAGCUCACCCUCCUAGAAAAGUUCGAGUCUAGCUUGGCCAAAAUUAAUUUGGAAGUUCAAAUGGCAUCCAAUCACGCAAUUGCGGAAGAGGAGUCUAAAUUAGUGAAAUUCUACUCCAGUCCACGUGUCAUAGCGGAACACUUGGCGUUGGUCGAGUUGGAACGAUUUUCCUUCAUUGGGGUGCAGGAAUUUAUACAGGCAUUCAUCAAGGAAAGCUGCUCACCACCAUCCAAUUCUACGACCACAUCAAAUUCCAACACGACUGGGGGUACGCCAAGUCCCAUCGUAAAUGCUCACGGAGGCAACGCAGGUAGACCAGGAAACAAAUCGAAGAAAUCUCGACUGGAAUCUUACGUAGAUUGGUUUCAUCGCCUAAAUCUCUGCGUCGCCACGGAUAUUUGCAAGAUCACUCGAAAGAAAGAGCGAGUUCGUGUCAUGGAGUUUUGGGCGAAAGUGGGGUCAGAUUCCGUCACUUUGGGCAAUUACAACUCUGCGAUUGCCGUUUUCACCGCAAUCAACUCUAACCCCGUCCGUCGUCUAGCAAAGUCGUGGUCCAAAUUCGCGGGACAAGAAGAUCUAUCCGCUCUAGAAUCAUGCUUCGACCCAUCCGACAACUUUUUCAGUUAUCGUUCCAGACUUAGCAAGGCUGAAGGUGCAGUAGAUGAGGCCGGAGUAAGUGGGUCGUCUUCGUCGUUUAUGGUGCUGCCAUUCUUCUCUCUUCUCAUCAAAGAUCUCUUUUUCCUUAAAGAAGCAGCUGCAUCAAGACUGCCAAACGGCCACCUCGCUUUCUCCAACUUUCUCCAGCUGGGCACCAAGCUGAGCGAAGUGAUGAGAUGGCAGGAGCACAAGGCGGACGAGCUGAACAAGGUGGCUAAUUUGCAACAUGUGAUACAAACUCUGCCUGCUUUCACCGAGUCGGCGUUGAUGUUGUCGUCCUUCGACUGCGAGGGUCCAGCCAACCCAGAGGAGGAAGCAAUCUUGGAAUCUUUACGACGGACCGUCCCACCACCUCCACCGGAGGAAGAAGAGCUGACCGACUCUUUUCAGUCCCUCCAAAUACCAUCGACCAGUUCUGGUUCCACUUCCGGUGUUCAUGAGGACGACUCGGUUGGACUCUCGCCAAGUGAAAUCCACAAACUUUUACAAUUUAAAUUUGGGCAAGGGACUUUUGUUUGUCCUCUAGUUUCCGAUGUAAUUCCAAACAACACAUGUACCAAUUUGAGCGGAGGUACUUUAGUCAGUAGUGAGGUCCAAGUUCAUCAGUUGCCCCAAACCAACAGGAAUAGUGGAGUAACUAAACAAAUCAAGUCCAAGCCACCUGUUCCCUUAUGACGAUUGUAAAUUAUAUAAGUACUUUAAGCUGAAAUAAUGCAUCUGUGAUUAGUAGAAAUUUUUAAAAUUUUAAAAUUAGUCAGAUUUUCUACCAGUAAAUAUAUUUGCGGUUUCAAAAUCCUACAUAAAUGUUAUUAUAUUUCUUAUGUCAAAAAAUAAAGUUGUUACACACAUUUUCACCAA